AGCUCAUCCACCAAUCUACAAACCUAAAAUCCCACUUCAGAAGCAAACCAAUCCCAGACAAGAGCUCAAAUGGCGUCCCAGCUGGUCGAGAGCCACCGCACCGGUGCCGAGGUCGUCAAGGGGGACGAGGUCUGCAAGAAGAGGUCCGUCGAGCUCCUCGAGGAGCUAAGCCUCCCAAAAGGCCUCUUUCCACUGAGCGACAUCGAGGAGGUCGGGUACAACCGCGAGAGCGGGUUCGUGUGGAUGCUUCAGAAGAAGAAGAACGAGCACACCUUCAAGAAAAUCAAGCAGACCGUCUCCUACGCCACCGAGGUGACAGCUUUUGUUGAAAAGGGUAAGAUCAAGAAGGUCACCGGGAUCAAGGUCAAGGAGCUGUUUCUGUGGCUCAGUUUGGUUGAGGUCUAUGUCAAUGAGUCCGCCAAUGAAAAAGUCACCUUCAAGACUGGUACCGGCCUGUCUGACACCCAUGACGCAUCCGCAUUCGCUCUCGGAGAAUAGGGAGCUGGUAAAAAAUGCCACAAAAAUAAAGUCAGUGAAUGGUUCGGCACUACACAUGUUACGUAGAAGUAUAUGUUUCCGUUUUCAUGUAAUCUAUAGAUUAUUGCACGAAUAUUGCUCCCUUUCACUUAUAAGCGUUCACCGAAAGAAUAAUUGUACUUAUACCCCCUCUUCUUUCCCACAUCGAUCACUCUUGACUUCCCACUGUUGUCCCCAUCUUUGUGUGAGAGAGAACAAGGACCUUAUCAACAAAUAA